CUAGAGAAAGAUGAACGAUGACUGGAAUCUAGGCCUAGUCUAGAAUAUUUAAGAGUAUUGUCUUUGAAUAUUGACUGGGCAUAAAAAGUUGCUAAUAUUUUGUCUUUGUAUGAGUGAAUGCAAAUGUCAGUCAUGAACCCAAACUAGCGGUCAGCCAAGCUUGACCAUAGGAGUAGGAGCAAGAAGUAAUUAGUUAUGGCCUCAGGUGUUACUCCUAUAGGAUCCAAAGCAGAUCCAGUUGAUGACAUAAAUUAUGAUGAAAAACCUAAAAGACUGUUACUGCAAUACAAAUUCCCCCACAAAGAUGGUGACAAUAUUACUUUUACUUUGGAGCCAGAUCCAUCUAAAAAUGAGGGUGUAACAGCAGUUUUCAGAGUGCAUAGAUCAAAUCCCAUGCACACUGAUAUACUUGACAGAUCACAAAAUAUUCCACAGUCCAUAGUUGAUCAAUUCAAGAUAUCUGAUAAAAAACUCAAGAAAGGUGUUAUAAAGCUCUAUAAAAAUAACAAAGAUAUAAAUUUAGCACAGUAUUUUAUUCCAAAACACUCAAAAUCCAGUGAUGAAGAAACAGGAUGAUUUUUGUUUUAGCAUGCAAAAUUAGCAGUUAUUUAAGAAAAAGAAAUGUAACGGAAGGAUAUACUAGACUGUUAAAUACCAGAAAUACAGUGGGUCAACUUUGAAUGACAUUCAAAUUUAGAGCCCGUCUUAACAUUAUGGCUAAAAAUUCAUCACAUCAAACAAGUUCAAUUGGGAUUCAAGCUCUGAAUUAAGAAAUCUGUUAGCUUGGAUUAAGCAAAAAAAAUUCUGCAAACAGCAUUUAUCAAUUCUGCUAAUUCCUUAUGAAGUUACCCACAACUUGACCUAUUGUGUUUCUUAUCUUCCAUAUAUGAUGAUGUAAUGUAAAGUUUUUCCCCUAUAAACUCAAAUGCCUUAUAGCAAUGUGUCUUUCCUGUCAACGUUUCUCAUUUGGGCUUACCUUCAUGGAGUCUUUUACACAAAUGUUUCUGUCGUCUCAUUCAGGGCCAUUCUACUUGUUAAAAUCUUGGUUUAUUAAGCAAAUUCACUGCUUUGUUUCAUCCAUUUCCAUUCUGCUUGUAUAAAUCUUAACACUGGCAAUUUCUAUUUACCCUGAGGAAUAACUUUAGUUUUCUGUAUGAUGUUAGCAGAAAGACUAACACUUUUGAUGUUGUUUCUAGGUAACUAUGAACGCUGAAUGCAAGAGAUGAAUCUAUUCAUGUCUGCAUAAUUCUGGUUGUUUUUAUUUUCCAAACUUUAUUUGUCAAAAAUAAAAACAAAGUUGUAUUGUUAGAGGCUUGAUAAUGACAGAACAUUUCCUUAUUUAUGUAUUUAUCAAAUGGUUCAUAAGAUUACAUGCCCACUUAUAAAACAUAUUUUGUUGGAAUAUUAGUAAAAUUUAGUAAUAAUCUUGGGUUCUAGUCUUUAUGUAAAUCCUGUUGACUCAGGUGACAAAUGCAUUUACCUAUACGUCUAUUCUAGCUAGCUUCAUUUGAGCUACACAAUUCCUUCAUAGAUGUAGUUGGAAUCAGAGGUUCUCAAAAUCUAAAUUUUCUGAGUUAAAUACCCUUUUCCUUGCUUUAUAAACACUGUUUUAACGAAUGUAACUAUGUUAAGCGCGACUCUAUCACAAUGAAGAAUAAUAUGCAUGAGUAAGAUAAUUUUUACUGUUAUUAUUGCACACUGUAUCUUCUCAUUAAUUUAAUUUUCAAAAUUUAUUUUUACAUUGCUAAUAAUGUAAACUUUUUGUAAUUUUAGAAAUUAAUUUGGUUAUGCUAUGCAAAUAUGUUGUGAUAGUUUAUCAAUAUUUUGUAUUAGUUUUUAAAGUCGUUAUAAGUUUUCUUUAUAAACAUUAACAUGUAAAGCAUACUAUUUUUGUAUGCACAUAUCAAGAGUAUUAAACCACUAUUGUAAUCUCAGGUCUUUAUUUUCAUCACCUGUUCUGUUUUAUGUUCAUUCAUUUUCAGACAGUGACAAGAUAUGUAGCUAUAUACAACUUCAAUAUUAAUAUUAUGUAAAUUAAUGUUAAGUAAAGUUUAUUGAAUGCUGAAAUUUAUUAAUAUUAA